GCCCUCUCGCGUGGCCCUCGCGGCUCGCCGUAGCGCGGUGGCGGCGGCGGCGGCGCGCCCGGGCUGGCGGUGCAUGAACCCACGAGAAAGGGGGAAGUCCUCAGGCGGCAGCAUCCUCUCCAGAAGUUCUGUUCUAGCUGUCUGUCUUACCUCCACUCUGGAGCUGGUGCCUGUGAAGAAUGACCUCACGGGGUGCUGGGACGGCUCUGUCAAGGAAGAACUACAGGCUGAGCACUGGGCCAGACAAGUCCAAGGUUGCAGGGAUUGUGAACAGCAGGCUACUGAAUGACUAUCUGCAUCGGGUCUUCUCCAGUGCUGAUGGGAACCAGCCUGCAGCUGCUUACAGAAAGCACCUGACGUUCCAGAACCUGCAGGAGCACCUCGACCGGUUGCUAGCAGAGGAGAAUGGCUCUGAAGACAGCCAAGAUCAGUUGACAGAGGGCCGGCUCGGUCCCUCUACUGUGGUUCUGGACCACACGAGUGGCUUUGAGGGGCUCCUGCUGGUUGAUGAUGACUUACUUGGGGUGAUUGGCCACAGUAACUUUGGCUCUAUCAGGGCCACAACGUGCGUGUACAAAGGGAAAUGGAUUUAUGAGGUGCUUAUCUCCUCCCAGGGACUCAUGCAGAUUGGCUGGUGUACUCUCAACUGCAGAUUUAAUCAGGAGGAAGGAGUUGGAGAUACUCCAGAUUCCUAUGCGUAUGAUGGCAAUAGGGUGCGCAAGUGGAACGUGACCACUACCAACUAUGGCAAAUCUUGGGCUGCAGGAGACAUCGUCAGCUGUCUGAUAGACCUUGAGGAAGGCACUAUUGCUUUCUGCCUAAACGGCAUCUCUCUAGGAACUGCUUUUGAUAACAUCACGAGAGGUGCUGGAAUGGCUUACUUCCCUGCCAUCAGUCUCUCGUUCAAAGAGUCUGUUGCUUUUAACUUUGGAAGCCGUCCACUUCGUUAUCCAGUGGAAGGCUACCGCCCCUUGCAAGACCCUCCUGUUGCAGACCUCGUGAAGGCUCGCAGGCUGCUGGGCUUCCUGAAGAAUGUGAUCCAUAUCGGGAUCGAUGUGACGGAGGGGAAGCUGGUGGAGAAGGAUGCAUCCAUGUGGCAGCUGCAGGGAGAACCCACAGUGCUGAUUACAUUGGCCCACAUCUUCAAUUAUUUCUCCCCUCUUAUGUGCAAGGUGUACCUGGUGGAAGAUGUGCUCAUGACCUUCCUGUUGAGCAUCCUGGAGCGAGGAGGGGCAGUGGAGGCCCAUCCCCUUAUUCAGCAGCUGCUGGAUCUCAUGUGGCUUCUCAUGGAGGAAUAUGAAGUGCACGAGUGCCUCAAGCAGCUACUGAUGUCACUGCUGCGGGCCUACAGGUUCUCUCCUAUCAUCCCAGACCUAGGAUUACAAAUUCACUACCUCCGGCUCACCAUUGCAGUCUUGAAGCAUGAGAAAUCCAGGAAAUAUCUCCUCAGCAAUGUUCUCUUUGACGUGCUCCGUUCAGUUGUGUUCUUCUACAUUAAGAGCCCGCUGCGUGUGGAGGAGGCUGGUUUGCAGGAGCUCAUUCCCACCACGUGGUGGCCAAACCGCUUCACCAAGGAGGGCAAGGAGAGUAAGGAGGUGAAGGAGGAGAGUGCUGAGGAAAGACUGAGGCGGCGGGCGUAUGAAAGAGGCUGCCAGCGGCUCAAGAAGCGCAUUGAAGUGGUGGAAGGUCUCCAGGUUCAAAUUCUGAAGCUGCUGCUGAACAACAAGGACAGAGGAGGGGGGGAAGCAUCCAGAUACAUCUUCCUGAACAAAUUCCGCAAGUUUCUUCAGGAAAAUGCUAGCAAUAGAGGGAACUUGACUGUGUUGUGCCCACCAGAGUACAUGGUGUGCUUCCUGCACCGGCUCAUUGCUGCCCUGCGUUUCUUCUGGGAUGGCCACAAGGCAAAGGCACCUGCUGCGCUGAGCAGCGAAGAGGCAUAUGUCCCUCCCCAACUUUUCUAUAAUGGGAAGGUGGAUUAUUUUGACCUUCAGCGACUCGGAGGUCUUCUGUCUCACCUCAAGAAGACUCUGAAAGAUGACCUGGCUGCAAAAGCCAAUGUCCUAAUUGACCCUGCGGAGCUGCAGGCAGUGACUAUGGAUGAUCUGGAUGAAGAUGAGGAAUCAGCAACAUCAGCAGCACAGUCUCAGCGUCCCUCUGCCACCCUAGCCAUUGGUGGAGCUCUUGCCAGACCUGGCUGGCUCAGCUCUCCCACCCUGGGCCGUGCCAACCGUUUCCUCAGCACAGCGGCCGUCAGCCUGAUGAACCCACGGCGACCUCUUGGUACCCUGGAGAAGGUCAAAGUACGCACUCUAAGUGUGGAACAGCGUACAGAGGAGGACAUUGAAGGCAGCAAUGGAAAUGAGGGUCUCUUACUGGGGAGACCUCCAGAGGAGCCAGACCAGCCCAUCACAGAGAACUCCCUCCUGGAAGUCCUGGAUGGGAUAGUGAUGAUGUACAACCUCAGUGUCCACCAGCAGCUUGGGAAGAUGGUUGGUGUGUCAGAUGAUGUGAAUGAGUAUGCUAUGGCACUGAAGGACACAGAGGAAAAAAUCAGCCGCUGCCCAAAGAGAAGGAGAGACAUCCAUGAGGAGCUGCUGAAGAGCCAGAAGGUCUUCUCUGAGAAACUCAACCACCUAAGCCGCCGCCUUGCCUGGAUAAAUGUCACCAUCUAUUCAAAGGAGAAGAUGCAGGAUAUCUACUGGCUGCUGAGAGUGUGCAUCCGCACCAUCGAGCAUGGUGACAGGACAGGCUCGCUUUUUGCUUUCAUGCCAGAGUUCUACCUCAGCGUGGCUAUGAACAGCUACAGCGCACUCAAGAACUACUUCAGUCCUGUCAAUAGCAUGGAGGAACUUCCAGGCUAUGAGGAAACCCUGAUGCGCCUCGCUGCCAUCCUGGCCAAACACUUUGCUGACUCAAGGAUUGUGGGCACAGACAUCCGGGACUCCCUGAUGCAGGCGCUGGCCAGCUAUGUCUGCUACCCCCACUCGCUGCGUGCUGUAGAGAGGAUCCCAGAAGAGCAGCGGAUCUCCAUGAUGAAGAACCUCCUGGCUCCCUACGAGCAGCGGCCCUGGGCGCAGACCAACUGGAUCCUCGUCAGGCUGUGGAGGGGCUGUGGCUUUGGAUACAGAUACACGCGGCUCCCACACUUGCUGAAAACCAAGCCUGAGGAUGCCAGCCUCCCCAGCCUGCAGAAGCCGUGUCCCUCCACCCUGCUGCAGAGGCACAUGGCAGACCUGCUCCACAGCGACUGUGACUUGGCCCCCAGCUUCCUGAACAGCGUCCUCAACCAACUGAACUGGGCUUUCUCCGAGUUCAUUGGCAUGAUUCAGGAGAUCCAGCAGGCCGCAGAGCGCCUGGAAAGGAACUUUGUGGACAGCCGCCAGCUGAAGGUGUGCGCCACGUGCUUCGACCUAUCGGUCAGCCUGCUCCGCGUGCUGGAGAUGACUGUCACUCUUGCCCCCGAGAUCUUCCUGGACUGGAAUCGCCCAUCGUCGGAGCUGCUGCUUCGGAGGCUCGCCCAGCUCUUGAACCAGGUGCUGAACCGUGUGACAGCUGAAAGGAAUUUGUUUGACAGAGUGGUCAACCUCCGUCUGCCAGGACUGGAGAGCGUGGACCAUUACCCGAUCCUCGUAGCUGUGACAGGAAUACUGGUCCGGCUGCUGGUGGACAGUGAUGCACAGGGCAGCCAGGACAGCACAGUGACAAACCAGAAGUGCUGUACCCUGUUGUGCAGCUGGAAAGUGGUGAGUCUGAGGCUGUUUAUCAGGGCUUUACAGCCACCUCCUUGAACACUGGAAAGCAGAGGUAAAUAAGAAGCAGUGGAAUGGUGCAAGAAAGCAUUGUGUCCUUAUGGUGGGACUGGCUGAGUGGGAGAGGCACAAGGUGAGACAGGAGGAAGCCCAGGAAAAAUUUUCUCUAAAACAAAAUGCUUGUGCAUUAUUUUGCAAAGCCCAGCAAUAAUUCUGAGAUUUGAUACACCACUGAUCUAUAAAAGGCAGGCAGGCUUUGCAGGGAAGUUGCUCAGGUCAAACAAGACAUAGAAGUACCAAGGCUGAGCAUCCCAAAGGCAUCCUUGCUCCCAGAGCAGGGAGUAGGCAGCCUGCUGGUACCAACAGUGUAACUGUGGGCAGAUAACUCUCAUGGAAGGAGAGCUGAGCACUCCCCUUCGUGACAGCUCUGAGUUGGUGAUCCAGGGCUGUGCCUUGCCUACAGGGUGGUUCUGCUCAGUACAGCACAUUCAGAACCAGCAAACAGGGCUGCAGGACCAGGAGGUGCAGCGGGACUGAGUAUGGCCCUAUUGAGGUCUCUGCCCACAGUCACCCUAAUGCAGGGAGGUGGCACAGCGCAGCAGCAGCCAGCACAAAGCAGGCAUGGGGAGGUGUCCUUUUCCAAGGUCGUGAGCAAGAGGAUCCUUCUUGGAGAGAAAAAGGAGAAUUAAACCUUUAUCGAGUCGGUUCCGUCCCGCAGGAGAUGGCUGCUGUGGGUUGUACUGCUGCAAGGAGCCAGCAGCAAGGAUCCCAUCCCCAGGUUCUGUCUGUCGAACCUGUUUAUGUGGACCCAAGAGGAGACAGCCCUCCUUUUCCCUUUUUUGCUUGCUCUCAGUCGGGCAAGCAGGUAAGAGGAUGGGAUUCCCCUUCUGCAGAAGCACUACCUGGAGGUAGGAGUAGGAAGAAAUUUAUUCCAGGUCCCCUUUGGCACCUCCCAGAUUUCCAGAAACCGUUAGCAGAGCGAUUACAUCACAGGAGUUUGCUCAGAGGAACCUCUCUAUAGGAAUUACCCAGAACUAGCUGUUGAGCUGCUGGGUUCCAUGCAGAGAGCUCUGCCCCGGAGGGUGAGGACAAAGGGCAGGAGGACCUCCUGUCACCUCUUUGCUUGAGUGAGCUUUCUCUGUCUGUGAGCUGACCAGGCGCUGGGGGCUUUGCCCUGGGACGGCACACACAGCAGGGAGAGCAGGGCUCUGCACAGUGCCCUGGGUGCAGCAGGACGUGGCCUGAUGCUGUCCAGCAGGAUAGGCUCAGCCAGGCAUCAAGUCCUCCUAUUACGGCCUCCUGGCACAAAAAGGGCCAUUAAGCACAGGAAUAGGGAACAUUGCCCGGGCUGGGAUGUGAGGAGACAAUUGAUACAUGGUGUGUGUUAGUCCGAAAUGCACUCCUUGGUUCUGUGAGGAUGGCUGUGCUGCUCGCAGCACUCAGUGCCCAGCGCCUGCUCUGCUGAGCCCCAAAGCCUGGCCAGCCAGUCCUGGCCCUGGCACCGGGGUAAGGAGGAAAGCUGUGAGCUGGUACCCGAGCAUCCUGCAAGAGCUGCUGGCCUGGGCAAGAGCAGAGCCUGAGGACUUUCACGCUCAGCUCACUCCUGAGGGGUGAGACUCACAGAUGGGCAGGGUGCAGGAUAGAGCCUGCCUGCUCAUAGUGGGGUCUGCAGCAGAGCUGUUCCUGUCUCCACAAUAGAGACGUGGCAGCAGUGUCACUGAUGGUGCUCCCAAUGCUAACGGGAUGCCCGUGUGCUCCGUGCUUUGCCAGGCCCUAAUGACCAUCCUUUGCUUUUAUGGGGAGGAGAGAGAAGGUGGGAGCUGAGCCUGGAGCUGCUCUGAAUCACUGGGACCAUGCCAAGGACCCGGGCAGCCUUCAGCCAGUAUCAUCCCCCUGUUUGUCUGCUAAAUAAUUGAGCAGAUUUUCUAUUAAGCCUCCUUUGGACUGAGCUAAUGGAGCCAAGUUGGCCAGAUCUUGUGUAAUGAUCCUGAUGAGAGCGAGUGAUGGGGGAAAGGGCAGUGCCCGAAGGUUCUCCGCAGGUGUCUGCGUGUGAGGGGACUCACUUGGUGGCAGUGGGGCUCUGGUUUGGAGGGCUGGGAUGUGUUCAGGAGUUUGGUGUGUUUGUUGGAAGCACAGCUGUGAUGGAGCCUUCCAGGGAGCUCGCAGGGAGUGCCACCCAGAAGGUGGGGAGGACAGAGGGAAGCACUGCAGUCACCUGGCUACCGACUGCUUCACUCACUGCACCCUGAGCAGGGGGUGCACAGGCUGGGGUCUGCAGUGCCCUGUGGGGAUGGCACGGGCUGGGGCACCAAGCUUUGCUGCCUGUGCCUCUUUGGAAGUCCAUGAGUGUGGUAAGGGAGGGACCCAGGUGCAAUCAGCCCCAGGAUGGGAGGGUAGGAGAGAACCAAGAUGUGGAGCAUGGGGAACAGAUGAUCCUUGGGCCCCGCACACUCGUGUUGCUGUGCUGCAGGCCAACCCAUGGCGUGGCAGCCAGCCAGGCCAGAGUGAUUACAGGUGGCUGCCAGGAGGGGAUGGUGGUGAUGGAGACCAUCUGCUGUAUUUCCAGCCCUGCCUGUUAGGGAGGCCAUGCCCGUGGCUGUGCUUUCCAUGGCUGAGAUUUACCAUUCAAGCUGCUUGAGGGGCUGCUCUGAGCAUUACAGCACCUUGCUGGAGCUGCACUGCAGGGCUGAGUCCUUUCCUGGCACCAGAACAGUGUGACACACUGCGAUGGGGUUUUCCUGGGAAACAGGGAGCCCUUGUGACAGGCACUGAAACAGCCACGUCCAUGGCACUGUGGGAUGGGGUCGGGCAGCUGCAGGGAGCAGCAGGCCCCUUGCUUUGGGGUGGAUGGUACCAGCCCCUCACCUCAGCACCUCUCUGGAAUGCUGUUCCGGAAUCUGAGGUGAAGCAUCAGCAUGCUGCCAUGAUGCAGCAACCACAUCCCUCAGCAAGGGAUGGCUUUGCUCACGCAAAAGCAGGGCGGUAGGAUUCCCAUUGUAAAGGGCAGACCCGUAUCCCCCUCAGUGGGAUCCCUGCAUGGGAGCAGAGCCAGGGGACGGUACCACCGCAACUCCCCAGGCCCAGCAGCAGCUGGCAUGGCUGCUCAGCAUCCCGGGCUCAUUAGCAGUGCUGUGCUAACACAAGGGGACAGCGGGUGCAGGCAGUGAGGCAGGGCCGGCAGCAGCUGUCAGUCCCCAUCCCUCGCCAAGCAGGGGCUGCAGGGCUGAUGGCACAGGGCUGCACAGGGCUGCUGUUUCAGGUGGCGAGCCCGAGCGCUUUAGGCAGGGCUGACUUUGUGCUGGAAAUAAGCUGCUUGUCUCUGUGCUGGAAGAGUGGAAGGAUGGGCAAGAGCUGUGUUCUCUCAUGGUGACUGUGCAGGGGUGGUUGUGUCCCUAUGCUUGGCUCCGUGCCCCUCUGUGGUGUCCCCCCUUCCCUCAGUGUCAAGGCCGGCCUGCUCCUGAGCAAGUAAAUCUCCCAUCCCUCUGAAUGCUGCUGGUUCCUUAAUGUGCUGUGUGCCACUGCUGCUGCCCCCUCCCCACCUCACAGAUGCUACCUCCUGGGGACAAGUGACCAGAGGCCCCCCCAGCCCUCAACACUGCAUGUCACACUAACCCCACGCAGAUCAUGGGAGUCCUGUAGCCCCCAGCCCAGCUGCCCUGCCGUGAGGACAAGGAGACACACAGCCCAGCAUGAGCUUAAAAAAAUAGGCAUUUUUUUAUUCAAAUGUAACUGGAGAGUGAUGGCCCGAGAGAGGAGAGCAUUACUCACAUUUAUUGACAGGCUCAUUAGGUUACUGCCUCAAUAGCUGUGCUCGAGCAGCGCGCGUCCAUCUCAAGGAGAAGCAGCGAGCACAGGCAGUGCAGGAGACCUCAGCGUCCUUGGUGGCAUGGGGAGCUGCAAGCAGCGCUGCGUCAGUCACCUCCUGGUGCCCGACAUCACUAUGUACAGCUUUGGGGGUGUUCAGAGGCAAAAACAUGCGAUGUUUGCUUGGCUGGGUGCUGAGCCCCCUCUUUGCCACGCGGUCCCCCCGUGGAUGUGUGGGGCCACAGGACCGCGCUCCCUCCACUCCAAGUGGCUGGGGACAGUGGCAUGGCCCCGAGGACAGCACUGGGGGGAUUGGGUUGGGAGCACUGGGCUGGAUCUUGCACACCCACGGCCACAGCCCUGGCAUCACUGCUGCCUGGACAAAACAGGGAUUGCAGGCGUGCUGAGUCCAUCAGUGUUGCCCUUGUGUCAGCGGCUGAAGCUGGGCAGGUGGUGCUGAACCCC